GGGGCUGGUCAGUGAAAGUUGAUACCAACUAAUGACCAUAGCUAGCCAGCUAGCUAGCUAGACUUACUAUAUAGCUAUACAAGCAAAAUACACUGAGCAAGCCAGCUAGGUUUUAUCUGGAUUUCUAAACGACUGCACAGAGUCCGCGAGGCCGCAACUUUUGUGUACUACCUGACUGCACUGCUAAACAGCAUCCUCCCAAGAUGGCUCUGAGAAAGGGAUUGUUCACUAAAUCUAAAGGCCGCAAGGAACUGCAGAAGAGAAGGUCAACCUCAGAAAGUUACCCAACAGAUGAGAUCAGCAACACCUGGUCCACAGACCCUAGAGACUUGCCCAAGGGUCACUCUGUGGGCAGCAUGAGUGUCCCUUAUCCCCCUCCAUACUACUCCAAGGCUGCAGAAGCCGAGAGUGUCAUUGUCCGUAAGGACUCAAAAGGAUCGAAAGGGAGAAAAAAGCGACCAAAAAGUGUCCAUCAAAGUUCGUCCAAAAGCGAGCUUACCCCCCCUAAAAAAUUCUGGCAAAAACAUCGUCGCAAUGCAUCUGACACACCUUCAUUCGAGUACAUACCGAUUGUAAAUCAGCCGGUGACAUCACCGAUACCUGACCAAAUGAACUCACCUGACCAUCAGUUAGCAACAGCCUUUAUGGCUAGGCCCCAUGAAAAGUCCCCAGAGAGGUCCGGAGACUCUCCACCUCCCAAGAAACCACCCAGAAGAGUCAAGGUUAAUACUGCUUCACCUGAGCCAAGGAGAGAGAAGGUGAAAGAUGAGCCGACCCCAUCAACAAAACUAGUAGACCUACGACGAUCCUGUUCACUGGAUGCUCUCAACGAGAUUGGAGGCCCUAAGCCUCGCUCACAUUCUGAAAGAAGACUCAGUUUUGAAGGAGACAGUCCUGUGCUGGCAAGGCCCGACUACAACAGAGUGACCAGUUACCACACCCCUCCCACACGAGCGGCAGUAUCUGUAAAUUCAAAGUCACGUCUCUACAAGAGGCCUAAAAGUUCGGAGAGUCCCAGCUUCAAGAGAGAGACCACUCCACAAAACUCCCUCCAAAGGUUUCUAUCAAGACCAAAGAGUGUUGAUAACCUGCACGAGUUGAUGCAGACUGGAGUUGAUGUGAACUCGCUGGAUGAGAGCACUGGAAAUGCAAUCAUUCACACUAUCCUCAAAGACAAGAGGAAGCACAAACUCGAGGUCCUUCUAGCGUUACUCGUUAAUAGUGACGUCGAUGUGAACCUGGCUGACAAGAGGGGCAACACCGCUCUACACAUUGCUAUACAGGAGGGAGACGCGAUGUGUGUCAGAGCUCUUGUGGUGUUUGGUGCAGACAUUAACAAGCCUGGUUCAAAUGAAUUCACACCGUUUGACCUUUGCAUCGACAACGGUCACAUGUCCGAGAUUGAGUCACUGUUCAUGGAGCUCGGAGCAAAGGGCAGUGCUCAGAUGAUGAAACAGGAACACACUGUCAAAGUCCCUCGAAUGCACUCAUUUGCCGAGAAUAUGACAACCCUCCAACCUCGCAAAAGUCUGCUCCCCAACGACAGGCUCUCCGACUUCAUCAACAGACAGGGAAUGAGACGAUUCUAUCAGGAGCUGAAAGGGAGUGUUGAUCGAAGGCUCUCAGUGUCAGCCUCAGAUGAGGGUGGGAUGUACGAAGCCUAUGCACUGGUUCAGCAACAGAGGGAGCUGGCUCGAUACAACAAGACACUGCUUCAUGGUAGUCCCAACCACAACACAAGCUUUGCACUGGAGGGGGGCAGUAGAGUGCUCUUCCUGGACGGUGGUGGAAUCAAGGGCCUGAUUCAACUGGAGGUGCUCUCACAGAUUGAGGAAAGGACGGGGCGCUCCAUCACAGAGCUGUUUGAUUGGAUUGUGGGCACCUCCACAGGCGGAGUUAUUGCACUAGGUCUGGUCUAUGGCAAGCAGACUCUGAAACAACUCAGACAGUUGUAUUUCAAGCUCAAAGACCGGAUUUUUGCCAAGGCUCGCUAUGGUUACGGCUAUGACUCGGAGGCACUGGACGAUAUACUGCAAGAAUACUUGGACCCUGACAUCAAAAUGACCGAUGUCUCCCAUCCAAAAGUGCUAAUAGCAGCUGUCAACAAGGCCACCACAAACCUUAAACUCGAUUUCUUCAACAACUGUUUUGGCGAUGAAUACUGUGACAUUCCGGUAUGGAAAGUUGCUCGCUACACCAGUGCGGCUCCCAUGUUCUUCACAGAGAUGGACAACUAUGUGGACGGUGGCGUUAUCUGCAACAACCCAACUGAGUACGGCCUCACUCGAAUCCAAUCUUUCUUCCGUCAGCAGGGGACGAAGCUCCCGAUUUCCGUGGUUGUGUCCAUUGGGUCUGGGUCCUUCCCCUCCGAGAAGAUAGGUGAUGUGAAUGCACAGGAGGCGCUGUAUUUUGGCAAGCACUGGUUCAACCCGGGAAAGAUGAUCAAGAAGACGCAAAACCUUCUCUCAUUGCUCACAACGGCUCUGGUGGAGUCUGAGAUGGUGGCUACUAACAGUAAAAGUCGCUGUGAAGAACAGAACAUCCCGUUCUUCCGAUUCAGUCCAAGUCUCAAUGAGGUAAUUCCAGCCGGAGAGACAGACAACGAGAAACUCUUCUCUAUGGUACUACAGACCAAAACGGAGGUUAUUAACAAGCGAAUGACCGAUCUUAUUGAACUGUUUCAUAAAAUCGCCGAGGUUAGCCAUGAACCGAUUUUUGAUUCAAUACCAGAAGAGAGUCCAGAUGAGGAAGUAUUGGACAAUGCAGCUGUGACCCCGCCACCUGUGGUCGUGAUCGCCCCUAGGGAAAUUCCCUCACUUGAUUCUUACGAGGACGUGUUUCCACCCCCUCAAGUGACAUCAUCACCUAAUCUGAAUGCCGAGAGGAAAAACCUCAACCUCCUAUCACAAGCCAUCAAGCAAGAUCCAUCGAUUGAGCAGAGUAUGGGUGCCCUUUCUGACAUCCAAGAAGAGAGCUUCCACCAAAGCCAUAGUUUAAGUUUCUCCCCCCAAGUAUCCAUUAUGGUCCCUGAUACCACACCCCCUGUACACCACCAACAGCCUGCCAGUUACGAGCAAGAACUGACAGAACUAAACAAGGCGUCCAGAGAAACCGAGCACGAGGCCAUGGGGAGUCUGCAAGUACGAGAUCAAGACCACGAACUUUCUCAAUCAGCUGAUGACAGACAUCUGGAAUCUGAAGAGGAGGUGCACACAUCUUCACUCAGUACACAGGAAUAUGAGUCCUCAACGUCCACUCUAGGGGAAACCCCCGCUAUUGAAAGCACUCAAUCGUUUACCACUGACCAACAAGGAAACAGUGUGCAAGAGACGAAUGUCAAACCCCACUCCAGCAACAGUGACAGUAUUGAGCCAUCUCCAGUCAUUAGUGGUGACCUCCCACCUUUGAUCUCAAGUGAACUGCAGAAUACUACUCCAACCAUUAUCGAGCCAGCAGAACGGGAUGAUCUCCUGGACGAUAAACAAGCAGACAAUAGCGAACCAGCUGAACGAGAUGAUCUCCUGGACGAUGAACAAGCAGACAAUAGCGAACCAGCUGAACGAGAUGAUAUCCUGGACGAUGAACAAGCAGACAAUAACGAACCAGCUGAACGAGAUGAUCUCCUGGACGAUGAACAAGCAGACAAUAGUGAACCAGCUGAUUUCGUUGACCCGAUUCCAACUAACUCUGACGAUCAACAAGUGAAGCUUGAGAAAGAAGACGAACCUGAUGGUGUUGGGUCACCAGAUGUUAACGUUGUUGGGUCACCAGAUGUUGUUACAAGCCCUGAAUUACCAGAUGAAUCUAGCCCUUGUUGUGACGAUGAAGAAACGAGCUCCAGUUCAGAGCCGGACUUACUCGGUGAGAGUCAAGGUUUCCAACUGUACACUCAGCAACUGGAACGAGAACUAGACACUUACCUCUCAAUCACUGAAAAAGUUCAGUCGACAAAAACCCAAGACACUGAAUCUGCACCCCCUCCAAAUGAAAAUGAAAAUAAAGAAACCUCAGUACAACCUGAAGUAAACGGACCAAUCAACGAGCAGCCGAUACCUACAGAGAUUGAUGCAACAGGUGAAAGUAGUGAGACUGAAUCCGACCCUCCACCCACUGCUAGUGAUGUCAUCAUACCAGUGAUUGUUGAGCCCGAGCCCACUUCCUCCCCCGACACGCCCCCUGGUCCACUGGAACAGAGUCAGACCACGAUUGCGUUUAAUCUCAUUGAGGAACAGUACAGUCACGUAUUCGAGGAGCUGUCUUCGAUAAAGGCAAAUCAAACUCACAAUUAUUCAAAUGAAGAGCUCUCAACUACACCUAAUGAGAUCAUACCUCAAGAAGAUUCCUCGAAACCAGAAGCACAAUUGCUUAUCAAUAGCACUACAGAAUCCCCUAUCCCUGAACCAAUGGCAUCACCCCCUGACAGCCCACUAUCAGACACACCCACCCCCCAGGCCUCACCAGAGCCCAUUCUAGUAUCACAUGAAGGAAGCUUGCCCGAACCUCACGAAGCCAUUCACCCUAGCUUGGUUAUCGAAGAAGAAAGAACCCCUCUGGAAGAUUUUACUACUCCCAAUGGCAGUCACAGUACAACACCUCAGGCUAACGGCCCCAAGUCAUACAUAGUCGACCGAGUGGCACAGCUGGGGGAGGGUGAACGCGACUUUCUACUCUCGUAUCAGACGUUUCAGAAACAGUAUCGAGUUGAAGAUGAUCCAAAGAGCAAGAACAAGAAAUCUAAAACAGCACACUACAAGCUUCAAACUAAAACUUCUAGCAAGAGUAAUAGAGAAACUACAAUUUAAUUUAAUUUUCGCAGUUGUAUUGCUCCUAUACAUGUAUAUUAAACGACAUGCUAUUUGUAUUCCUUUCGUAUGUAUUAAACACUUUAUAAUAAUUUUUAUUGCUAUUAUUAACAUUAUAUUAUACAAUCAUGCAGAGUGAAUGUCUAUUGUUAUA